UUUCAGUGUUUACAUUAGAAGUGUCAAGCUUUGUUUUGAUUGUGCGACACAGUUUUUUUUUUGUGAUUUUUCCAGACAAAACUAAAUAAAUCCCGGCAAAAUGGGCAAGAGACAGCACCAGAAAGAUAAAAUGUACCUCACGUACACAGAAUGGUCCCAAUUUUAUGGUGGGAAAAAGGAGGAUUCCAAGGAUGAUGAGAAUCUUCGAUUUAAGAGACUCCCUUUUGAUCACUGCAGCCUCUCAAUGGUGCCAUUUGAGCAUCCAUAUUGCGAUAGGAAUGGAAAUAUUUUUGAGCUUCAGGCAAUAGUGGACUUUUUGCGGAAGUUCAAGAUAAAUCCCAUUACUGGAGAGCCAUUGGAGGCUAAAUCCCUAAUCAAGCUAAACUUCCAGAAGAACCACGAUGACCUGUAUCACUGUCCAACUCUCUUUAAGCCCUUCACUAAGAAUUCUCACAUUGUAGCUGUUGCAACAACUGGGAAUGUUUUCUCGUACGAAGCCAUCGAUCAGCUGAACAUCAAGACAAAAAACUGGAAGGAUCUCAUCGAUGACACCCCAUUUGCGCGGAAGGAUAUUAUUGUGCUGCAGGAUCCGGGAAAAUUGGAAAAAUUUAAUAUAUCAACCUUCUAUCAUAUCCGGAAAAAUCUCCGAGUGGAGACUGAGGAGGAGAUUGCUGAGAAGAAAGAUCCCAAGGGACGCCUAAAGACCAUCUCAAUGGAGACCAAGGAUAUCUUGGAGCAACUGGAGAAGGAUUACAAGCCAGCUGAGGAGACGGUAGAGGAGAAGAAGGUUGCAGAUAAAUUCAAUGCUGCUCACUAUUCAACAGGAGCCGUCGCAGCCAGCUUCACAUCGACCACCAUGGAAACAGCCCUGAACCACGAGGCAGCCAUUAUUGCCGAGGACGAAGUGAGGUACGAGAGGAUUAAGAAGAAAGGCUAUGUGAGGCUACAGACAAACUUCGGGCCGCUCAAUCUGGAGCUCCAUUGUGACAUUGUGCCCAAAACCUGUGAGAACUUCAUCAAACUGGCUGCGCAGGGAUACUACGAUUCCACUCGAUUUCACAGAUCCAUCAGGAAUUUCAUGAUCCAAGGCGGUGAUCCAACGGGAUCAGGAACUGGAGGGAAAUCGUUCUGGGGGAAGAAGUUUGAAGAUGAAUUUAAGCCAAAUCUCUCUCAUACUGGCAGAGGAAUUCUCUCAAUGGCCAAUUCAGGACCCAACACCAACGGAUCUCAAUUCUUCAUCACCUUCCGAUCCUGCAGACACUUAGACGGGAAGCAUACGGUAUUUGGGAAAUUGGUUGGAGGUCUGGAUACUCUCAAUGAGCUAGAGAAGAUUGAGGUGGACAACAAGGAUAGACCAAUUGAGGAUAUUGUCAUACAGAAAGCACAAGUAUUUGUGGAUCCAUUCCAAGAAGUUGAUGAGCAAUUGGCCAAGGAUCGUGCUGAAGAGGCUGAGAAACAACAAAGGGAGCAGGAUGAGAAGGAGAAGAAAAAACUCCAGGCACAGCCUCUUGUUACCUACAGAGAGGGUGUAGGCAAAUAUCUCAAAAUUCAACCCUUUCGACCCGAUGGACCAAGUUCUGAGCCCACAAUCCCACCCAAAAAGAAAAAGAACAUUUCCUACGAAUUUGGCGACUUUAGUUCAUGGUAAAAAUAAACCUACUUGCACAUGUUAA